CUCGCUUCCACACAGUCUGCCAACGCUCGUUCAAGGAUGGAUAAAACGCAGAUUUGGAGCUACACGAAAAGGACACCUUCCGCAGCAAUACAACCAGCACUUCUUUUACAAUAGCCCAACAUGCAAAAUCGGGAUUUUCUAUAGUUUUUACAAGCAUUUCUGAACGUUUUAAAAACAGCGGCGAGAACAUUUUCAACGGAAUCGUGAAUCCUGCAACAUAAAUCCGCCGGAGGAAGUCCCUCAUAGCCUUUCGAGUGAUUUCGACACAUGCAAACCGAUAUUAAAAGUUUACCCUGAUCUAUAUCCACGGGAUACUGAACGGACUGCCUUCAGCGCCUCACCACCACCCCGCGGUCUGCGUGGCCCUAGAUGGAGCGAACAGCGUUUGGAAAGACAGCUGUUUAUUUGUAAGGAUAAGACUACAGGAUUCUCUCUGUUACAGAACAAAAAAAAAGGCACUGAUACUCUUCAUGGGCGAUGUUGGAUCUGACAUCCACGGCUGGAAUUUAGAUUUCUCAAUUAUUUGGCUCUCGUUGGCGACCAACUCCCAACCUGGCUUCAACUUCUCCCGCAACAGAGGAUUUGGCGGUUUUUACGCUUUUCCCAAAUGGCGUAGCGCCGACGCCUCCCGCGUACAUAGUGCUUUCAAGUUUGGAGUGGAAAUGACAAAGGCUUUCAAGUCGAGGUUAUUCAUUGAGUAGGCUAUGUCAAAAGGCUGGCACUGUAGCCCAUCGGCACUCAAAGUGGGUGGACUACGUCUCAUGUUCAGCAACUCGGGGAUUCCCUGAUAGGAGCAGCCGUCAACAUGAUGAGGCCACACCACUGAAGAGCGCUCUCCCAAAUGAAGAGACAUCCGGGAUAGGACAUUAAUGGAAUACUGACACUGACUCUAGACACUUUUUUUCAACGCAGGUCCAGUAUGACUGCAGCAGCAGGAGUGCUAACAGGCUUGGCUAAGCUAAAACGCCAAGACUCCAGCCGAUCUCAGCACCGCUCCCUACAGGCCCUGAACUCUUGCCCAGGAAACCCCACGCCAGAACCGGCCCCCAGGAAGAGGAAGCGGCGGUCGGACAUUGUGGUCGUGCGUGGGAGGCUCCGCCUUUACUCCGCCUCUGGGUUCUUUCUGCUACUGGGAUUGGUCAUCCUGGCCAUGGGCAUCGGCAUGGCGACGCUGGGCUACUGGCCGCACGGCGCUAACACGCAGGCGUUCAAAAGCAAGCCAGCCGAGGCCGGGGGUGGGACUAGCAAAUCGUCGCCUGGAGACCAACAACAAAGAGAGGCAGGAGACAAGAUGGCCGCCGCGGGAGCAGUGAGCGGGGGCAAGAUGGCGGUGGUGUUAGACGGUCAGACGUCCGGGCCGGCAGGGGGGCUCCUGACGCGCUUCCUGGACCAGCACCGCCACUCGGAGAGGAUGAAGAUGUUCGGGCCCUUCACCAUGGGGAUCGGCAUCUUCAUCUUCAUCUGCGCCAACGCCAUCCUGCACGAGAACCGGGACCGGGAGACCAAAGUGAUCCACAUGAGGGACAUGUACUCCACCGUCAUCGACAUCCACCGGCUCCGGCAGCGCGAGAUCAAGCACCAGCGCCACAACGGCUCCUUCUCCGCGGAGCACGGGGGCCCCGAGCUCCGCGGACAGGGGCCCGACGCCUCGGGGGCCGCCCGCCUGGCCAGCCACGCCCUGCUGGCCUUCUCCUCCCGCGCCGGAGGAGGAGGAGCGGGGUCCGCGGAGGAAGAGGAGGUGCUGCUGGGCGGAGGGGAGGAGCACGCCAGGGUGGACUUUGGGCUCGGCGGGCUCCUGGCGCCGUUCUACAAGGACCGGCCCGCGGGCCGCGCCGACCCGUCCCGCCGGCAGUGGUCGGUGGACCGGGAGGCGGCGGAGGGCGGGGGGGGGCACCGCGCGCGCUCCAUCGUCUCCUCCUCGCUCUCCGCCUUCACGCUGCCCGUCAUCAAGCUCAACAACUGCGUCAUCGACCAGCCGGACAUGGAGGCCAUCACGGAGGAGGAGCGAGGAGCGGGGGGACAGAGCGAGUGCCUGCGACCCCUGGCCUCCAUGGAAUCCCUGGUGGUUCCCGAGGCGACGCUGGCCAAGGCCUCCAAGCUGCCGGGGCUCCACCGUAGCAACUCGGCGUCCAUGACCUCCCAGGGCUCCUUCUCCUCGUCCUCCUCGCUCUCCCCGGCGCCCUCGUCGACCUCGGGCUGCUGGCUCUCCCCCGGCGCGGCCCGGAGCGACUUCGGCUCCAACAACUCUCUGCACAUGCUCAGCAGCCACUCCAAGUCCCUGGACCUGGAGCGUGGGCAGAGCAUGCUCAGCGUGCGUCCCGAGCAGCGGAAGCACCCCAGCUGGCCCCGCCUGGACCGUAGCAACAGCGGCCGCGGCGCCGGCGCCGGCGCUAGCGUUAGCCGCAGCGGCAGCACCAAGGGCUACGCGCGGCUGGAGGACCGCGAGGAGCCGACCGGUUCGGACCGGCUGCUGGACGCCGACGCCAACGCCAACGCCGCCGCCGCCGCCAGGCGGGACUACAGCAAGCGCGAGAAGCUGCUCAUGAUUUCCCGAUCGCACAACAAUCUGAGCUUCGAGCGCGACGACGCUAACAGCAGCGCGCUGAAGCGUGGGAGCUCGGAGACCCGCUUCUGAGAGACCAAACUAAUACGGAUUUCAGGUUUUGUUGGUCUGCGCCUCAUGGCCGUGGAUAUGUUAACGGUAUCGAUAGGCUAAGCUGAGAGAAGAAUGAGCAGCGUUAUAGUUUGUUAAGGCGAAGCGCUCUGAGGACAUGUUGUUCAGUUGGAGGCAACAGGCAGCAAGUGGAGAGAGUUCGCUGUUUAGGGACAUUGGCAUCAAUUCCUCCUGCUUUUACUAUACGUGUCCAUUGGAAGGACGUUGACUCUCUGUGCGUGCACAGGAUGCUACAAGGCCAGGCUACAUCCAAGUAUCAAAGCGAGCAAGCAAUGCAAUGCGGGUAUCAGUCAGUGUUAAGCUUUUCCUGAAUGUACCACUCGUGUAGGAAGAAGGUACCAAUGAUAGAAUACGAUGGGGUUAUUUUGUUACUACAGAUAGAUGUUCCCAAUAAGGUAUUUUGAAGUUGAUCUUCGCAAAUAAUUACAACAAGAAUCCUAGCUGCUGUUUCGCCUCUCCACAUCCAAGACAUUGGACGUAAUGCUGUUUGUGGCUCGAUGCUGAAGAGAGCAUGGUCUCUCAACAGACUGACUAUGAUGCCAUGGUGUUGAAGAUUUGUGUUUUCAUGUUUUAUAUUUUAAUUUGAAAUAGAUAGCUGAAAGAGUGAGUGAGAGCUUUGAUGUACAAUGGCAUUUUGUAGUUUCACUAAAUAAGGACCCACAUUUAUUUCCCCUCUUGGAGUGUGAACUCCUUUGCCAGAUUUUACAGUCAAUUUGCGAUGUUGUAAAAAAUUCAACAUUUUCCUGGAGUAUAAAUAUUGUAUCCCUGCCAGAACUGUCUUUCAUCAUAGAAAGCAGUUUGGAAAACAAGUUAAACAGCAUGUGACGAAAGGCAGUGAAAAAGGUAUUGAUUUAUUAAAACAGAAAAACAUCACACCUUCCAGUCGGUUGAACCAGUUCAAGCUGGUCUCUAGGGCCGCUUAGGGGGUUGUAGCAGAGUAGUGCUAGCCAGCAUUAGCUCUCCUUCAUUUGAUGUACAUUGUGGGGUGAUAUUUGGAACUGUAAACUGAGUUGAUGAGUCAUUCUAGUGCUGUACAUUAUAACACAGCAGAAACAAAAUGGAGGAACAGUCGCUCAAUGGCACACAGUUCUAAAAAAUUGAUGGUUAAUUCCCAGUGACAGACGAUCUGCCUUGUACAGGCGAUGAACGAAAAAUACCCUAUAUAUACUCGGUCGGUAAGCAUUUUAAACUGGUAGGCUUUAUGAAAAAGACUAAUUGUUAUUGGUUAACCGUAUAGCCCAUGUGAAAAUAAAUGGGAGCCAACAGAAAAUGUGUAAGUUAUGGUCUGUGUUAUGAAAGAAAUGUUGCAAUCCCUCAAAAAUACAUAUUGUCGGUUUGGCAACAUUAACUGACAACUCAACUAAUUAGAAGUUUUUAUAUCGACAUCAAAUUAAGUGUGUAAUUUAGAUUACCUUUAUUCGAAGCCAUCAAACAGUUUAUUAGUAGGUCUACCCAGCAGGUAGACGAACACUAUUGUUACCGGGGACCUCUGUUGAAAACACAUCUGUACAACUGUACAUCUUUAAACGAUUUCUCGAGAGAUAUGUUAUGUCCAGAGCAGCACUUACUUUGUUUUAAAAAGUAGCACAAUCUGUAUUAUGUUCAGAAUGAUGCUUCAGAGGCGUUCAAUCUGACAUUUUGACGUGAUGUUCUGUAGAGCUUCAUUCUUUGUUUCAUAAAGAGAUGAGCUAUUUAUAUGUCUGAGUCAGUCAACAAAUGUCAACAUCUCCUCCUCCCUUAGAAUAAAUGGAAUAAU